AUGCCUUCUCUGUAUGGUGCAAGAAGUUUCAAGAUAUUCUUGAAAGAAACCAGACUUUUUCAUCUUGAAACGAAUCCAAGAGAAAGAAAAACAACUUCUAUUGAAUCAACAAUACAAUUAUUACUUCACUUUCACCUUUACAUAUCAAAAGUCACUCUACAACGAGAAUCUCUUCUGUUAUACAUGUCAACGGAAUCUCGACCGUCGUUUCGCGGUUUUUUUAAAGAUAAAAUUAAAAAACCUUUCAAAUCCAAUUUCACAUCAUCCAUUCGGGAACGACUUAACUCCAGUAAUAGUUAUCAUGAUCUUCGUGAUAAGUAUCAUGAUUAUGCGGACGUAGCAAAAAAUCGAACAGGUUUUGAUAAACUAGUGAAUAAAACGAAGCAGAUCUUACCUACAACAUUCGUCUCGAAAGAAAAUGAAACGUACCCAAAAGGAUUUUAUGAUUCAAUAUUUAGUCCUCAAACAGCAGAAGACAUUUACUUGGAGACAGCGGUAUUAUGCUUAUGGACUAUAGCUAUGAUUUGUAUUAUUCCAACGUUUAUAACAAUGUUCAUGCCAUCAAAGAACAAAUCAAAUGGAACCAUGGGUGUCAAGAUGGUAUUUUUUCAUAUAUUUUUAUGUGAAUUUUUCUAUUUGAUCUAUAUUUUACUCUCAAUGAUUAAUACGGCACAACAAUUUCAAUUGAAUAGUGUCAUGUGUGAUUUUGCGAACUACGGUAUGUACGUAACGGUACCCGUUGUGUACUUUGCUCUACUUUUUCUUUCACUUGAACGAAUAACGAAACUUUGUGACAAAGCAGCAGCAUGGAUGAAAAUAUUUACAAAUGCGUGUAUGGCUCAAGCAAUCUUAUGUGGUAUUUGGGCAAUUUUUAGUAUUGUUAUCUUUAUAGUAGUGUAUCUAAAAAAAAAGGUCAGUGCGAAAUCCAUAUCCGAGAAAAUAGACGGCAUAGGUCCACAGAUAUUAAGUGAUAUUAGUAAAAAAUUCAUCAAACCAUAUCGAUGUAACAUCGAUGGACGAUUAUCGCCUGUUUUUAAGAUUAUAUUCAUUAUUUCGUUUACUAUUCUAAUUGUAUUAAUUGUCAAAUCGAUUAUUGUUUCUAUAUUUUACAAAUUCUUUACACCAACAUGUUGUAUAGGAAAGCGGAAGAAAGUAACAUCGAAUACUCGCCAUAUAACAGUAUUAUACGUCAUAUUCCUCCUGCUCAAUCUAUUCUUGUCAUUUCCGUACUACUUCGUUUCGAUGUCAUACGGUAUAUUAAAGUAUUUUACUACGAGAAAAGAUACAUUCACAAUGCAGUUAAAAAUUUGCUUUCUAUUACGUUUGUCCAGUAUUAUCUUGCAAUGUAUGGCGUUUUUAUUUGUUGAAAGAGACUCAUGGGAUAGACUUCGUCGACUUCUGUUUAAUUGUACAUGUAAAAAGAUUUCCGCGUUGAAUUAUGAUUCAUUUCACAAUCCUGGAAAAGCCCCAAACGGAUUUCAACAUAGAUCUGAUGACGCUGAAGAAGUGGAUAGCGACGAGAGUGAAGAAGAACAUGGAGAGGAAAAUCAAAGUGAAGAAGAAAGCGAAGAGUUGAGCGUUAAUGGAGAAGAUAAUGAUAGUAGUGAUGAUGUAUUCAUUACCGCGCCAACAACGAAGAGUCCAUUGGCAACAAAACGAAAUGAGAAAACUCAAAGAAGUGAUAAUGAUAGUGACGACAACAAUCCUGUUCUAUUGGCCCAAAAGUACAAAAGAUCAGCGGACAUCAGAGAUUCGACCAGUCGUACACGUCAAGGAGCAGAAGAAGAAGAAGAUCAAGACCAUCUUGCGAAAAGGACGAAAUCAGGUGGUGAAUCAACAUCUAACCGAAGAUCGCAAAGUAAUCCCACUAAACACCGUUCAACAACGCGUUCAGCUUUAUCAAAUAUCAUCUCAGAUACUACUAUUGAACCAGAAACUGAGACGCAACCGUCUCGUACCAUACCCAAGAAACAAUAUCGUUCUGCUCAUUCUUCUUCACGUGAAUCAAAACAUGCGACAGCAGCAUCUUCGACUGCACGUCAUCAUCGACAACAUCGAGAUAAUUCGAGAUCGAAACAUCACGCGUCAACAACACGACAUCAAGUGCACCGCUCGAGCAAACCGAAAAAAGAUCGUCUACAACAAAUGUUAGAUCAUUCAGAUGAAGUUUAA